UGGAUAUCGUAAAAACCGCACCUUCUUACUCCCGACUUUGUAGCCGUCUCCCCUAACAUACUUGCUAGCUCAAGGAAUGGCUUGGACCUUUUUUGCAGCUGUCAUAAUUUUUCUUAAAAGAAAUGUUGAGUCGGAGCUAUGCCCAGGGUCUUGUCUUCAUCGUGCUCGUGGCACUAAUCUGGGCUGCGUCGUCGGUGUUAGUGCAGUAUCUUUACACUGAGCAGUCAUUCGAAUCCCCCUUUUUGUUGACAUACAUUGGUGUUUCCCUAUUUACUUUGUGGCUACCGACGCGGUUGCUGACCGAGUGGGUCGAACACCGUUUUCGAAAAGUUGCGAAUGACGUGUCGCCUGAGGAAGAUGCUGAUGUUGUAUACACCGAUCACCGAUUUUCACCUUGGACGCACGGAGACCAUUUGAAAGCAGCAGCAAAGAUCGCACCUGUGUGGUUUGUUGCCAACUGGUCCUACAAUGCUUCGUUGGCAUAUACGUCCAUCACCUCCUCAACGGUGCUGGCAGCUACGGGUAGCAUUUUUACCUUUAUAUUUGCCCUGCUGUUAAAGGAUGAACAAUUUGCUUGGAUGAAACUGGCUGGAGUUUUGCUGGGGGUAUCAGGAAGCUGUUUGACAGCCCUCCACGAUUCAUCAUCUAAAAGUAGCAGCGAUAGUGAUGCGGUUAGGAACUUGGAGCUUUUCGGCGAUUUUCUUGGGCUCAUCUCCGCUGUUGGCUACGGAGCGUAUGCCGUACAGACUCGAGUAUUAUGUCCGCGAGAUGAGGCUUUGUACAGUAUGCAGCUACUUUUGGGCUACAUCGGACUGAUCGAUUUGAUUGUUCUGUCCCCUAUCGCCAUUUAUCAAAGCAUUACAAGCGUGCAAAUACCAUUGUUUGUGUUUCUAUUUGGGCUCUUGGACAACGUUAUAUCGGACUACAUGUGGUUAAGAGCAGUGAUACUGACUAACGCUACAGUCGCCACGGUUGGCUUGGGUUUGACGAUUCCCCUGGCUUUUGCGAGCGACAUCAUUCUAGGAAAGUCGGAUGUUUUGUCCACCGGUUCGGUUCUUGGCGCUUUGAUUGUUUUGCUAGGAUUCGUUUUCGUCAACAUUGGGGCAACAUCGAUU